CUCUUAGCCACCGAUUUUGUAAUCCAGAAAAUGCUCAGAAAAGAGCUGAAGGACAUCACGCUACUCACGUUGAAUGUUACAUAGAGAAACAAGUGUAACGCUCAUUAACGACGCGCCACAGUCACGUGGUGAGGUUUCCAUCUGCUGCCACUUGGACUCACGAUGGGCGUUGCAAAACUCUGGCCACUCCUCGAUGAGUCUUCGUCCAGGAAAUCUCUCUAUGAGCUGACGAUGGACUCUACAAAUCGGCCACCACACGCCUUUCGCCUCGGCGUCGACGUCUCUCUCUGGUUCUUCCAUGCUGAGUAUGGGCAGGAAGGCGAAAAUCCCGAGCUGCGGACGCUCUUCUUUCGCCUGGAAAUUCUUCUUCGCAAUCCAAUACUGCCUCUCUUUAUGUUCGACGGUCCAGGGAGACCGGCAUGGAAGCGAGGCAGGCGUAUCAACACCUGGUCCGAGAACGCGCUGACCGAUGGACUGAAGGCUUUUAUCGAGGCAUUUGGGUUUGAAUGGCGCUAUGCGCCAGGCGAGGCGGAGGCGGAGCUGGCAUAUCUGAAUGCUGCAGGGAUCAUUGAUGGCGUUCUUAGUGACGACGUUGACGCGCUCUUGUUCGGCGCCAAGACCGUCUGGCGGAAUCCAAGUUCGGCGCACGCACAGACUUCAGCUACAGAGAAGAGGAAUUUCGUACUGGUUUUUCAGGAUGUGAAAUUAAGCAGGGCAGAGCUCAUAUUAAUUGCGCUCUGUGCAGGUGGUGACUAUUCCCCCGAGGGUCUUCCUGGCUGUGGCCCUAACACUGCCGAAGGGCUUGCUCGUGCAGGUCACGCAGAUACACUGUACCGCAUAGCGACAACUCUGACGAGAGCAGAAUUGCCUGUACAUCUCUGUACAUGGCGCGCAGAAAUUAUCAAGGAGCUCAGAACCAAUUCCUCUGGAUGCCUGGGACACAAACAUGGCAAACUGGCAAAUUCUGUGCCCGAGACCUUUCCGGACAUCAAUAUCCUAUUGGCGUACACGGAACCAGUCACGUCACCACUCGAGAAGUACAAUGACAUCGACUGGAUGAAGAAGGAACCAAACAUUCCUGCGAUUGCUGCACUGUGCGAAAUGUACUUUGAGUGGGGAUACAAAGAAUCGAUCGUCAAGCGUUUCAGGACACUCAUCUGGCCUGGGUUGGCUGUCCGUGUUCUAAGAAGAUACAUAAUUGAGGGCGAACAGGGAAAGGAUGAGAAACUCGUUUGGCGCAAGUUCGCUGGGGACGAGGUAGUGGAUGCUGGUGAACUUGGGUGGAUGACAAAGAUUCACCGUACACGGCAACAUCAGUCGGCGGGUCGCGCACUGCAGUAUCGCGUUGAAGUCGACGUCUCUGUUCCUGUCCACUUGGCGGAAGCUGGUGUGCACGGAUUGAGAAGACCGGCUGGCACCGGUCUGUACGCUGCCGAUCCCUGGCAAUUUGAAACGGAAGAUCGUGCAAUCGACCCUGCUCAGGACCCGCGUCGCCCCCUUCUUAUUUGGCUCCCGGGUGUCAUGGUCGAGAGAGCCAGGUCCGCUUUAGUAGAGGAGUACGAAGAUAUGGUCAGGCGCAGGAAAGGGAAGAAGAAAUCAAAAGGCAAGAAGAAGGUGACGGAGGAGAUGAGCGGUAAUGACGAACCACCACCAAGUCCGAGGAAGAAAAAGACAACGGCUCUUUCUACGACGCCACAUACGCCUAUGAAACGCAAGGCUAACCCUGCCUUCCUCUCCACACCUUCGUCUUCGUCUAAAAUUCUUCUCGCACUCGAUAAAGUUCCUAAAACAAAAACACUGUCCAGUCCGACUAAGACACCAUCGAGGAAGCCUGCACCAUUUCCGAUGGACUUGGAGCACGAGUUCGGCAGCCUGAGCCCCCGAAAAGAUCGAGAUCUAUACUGGGUCGCUCGUCAUCUGCUCAACUACCGUCGUAUAGUCCGUUGAAG